AUGGCAGCAGGCAGAACGCGCUCCACACGCACGCGCUCCUGGAUCGUCGAACAGGUCAGCAGUGGGAAAUAUCCGGGCCUGGUGUGGGACGACGACGCCAAGACCAUGUUCCGCAUCCCGUGGAAACACGCCGGCAAACAGGACUUCCGGAAAGACGAGGACGCCGCCAUCUUCAAGGCGUGGGCCGAGUUCAAAGGGAAGCUGACGGACGGGGAUCAGGACAACCCGGCGUCCUGGAAGACCCGUCUGCGCUGCGCCCUCAACAAGAGUCCGGAGUUUGACGAGGUGAUGGAUCGAGCCCAGCUGGACAUCUCGGAGCCGUACAAGGUCUACCGCCUGGUGCCCAUCAGCGAGCAGGGCGUGGUAGUCCCUGAGAAGAAGUUCAACAAAAUAAAAGCCCCCAAGAGGUCGAAAAGGAGGAGGAGGAGCAGCAGCAGCAGCGAAUCGGACAGCGACGACGGCAGUAAGGUGAAGCAGAUAAAGACGGAGGCGGCCACGUCGCAGCUGUUUGUCGAAGAGGCUCUGCAGCGGAUCGAAAACCCCGUCCUGACUGAAGAGCUGACUCAACACAUCUCCUCCAUGCAGACAGAAGUGGUCGAUGAGAUCACGUUGGACGUGCGGAUCGAGGAGAGCGUCCCCGCUCAGACAGGAGUCCAGGACUCCUUCUGCGUGGUGGUUCAUUAUUUAGGUCAGGAGGUCCUCAGACGUGAAAUCCAAGGCACCGACGUCCGGAUAACGUACCUGCCUUCCUCUCCCGCCCCGCCGACUCCGGCCAUCCUGAAGAACAGGUUUCCACGCAUCCCGCUGCCCGAGCCGCCCUCCACGCUGCAGACCGGCGGCGAGCUGCAGGCCCUGUUCACCCUGCUGCCCUUCAUGGAUAAAGGGGUGGUGCUGACCUCCACGCCGCAGGGGGUCUACGGCAAACGGUUCUGCCAAGGGCGGGUGUUCUGGACGGGCCCGCACACGACCGAACCGGGGCUGCACAAGAUGGAGAGGAACACGGCCCCGGUGCUGCUCUUCAGUAAAGACGCCUUCAAACAACAGCUGGACCACUUCCGUUCAAACGGCGGCGAGCCUCCUCAGUGCGGCAUCACGCUGUGCUUCGGAGAGGAGCUGAGCAACUCCGAGGACCCGUCCAGAAAACUCAUCAUCGUUCAGAUCACUUUACCGUGGGCGGAGCAGCAGGUCCAGAACACUCAGUCCAUCUUCGACUCCAUCCACAUCCUCCAGUCUCUGGCCAGUCAGUCUCCGCUCGGGGAAAUAACUCUAAACCUGGUCACCGUGCCCUCGCCGACGUCCGAGACGAUCACCUGCGGGUCCACCUGAGCACUUUGUCCAACGUGAAGGAGGAGGGGUUUGAUUACAAAAUAAGAGACAUCCCCACUCCUUUACAAAAUAAGAGCACACAGGGCUGAGCGAUAUGUCGUUUCACCGUCAGAGCAUCAACUAAAGAGUUUUGUUUUUUUUUUCAAAAUAAGAGCCUCUGAUUUGUGUGAUAAUCAUAUUUCUUCAUAUCGCUCAGCCGGAUAGCGCUCGAUAAAUCUUAAAGCACUUCUCAAAGUUAAACGUUAGAGUUUCGUUCUGAAAACGAACACUGAGCCUUUUGGGAUCGUAGAGAUCAGUUGGUGUACUUGAAGCACUACACGUAAACCAACUCCGAGAAGUCGUUCUUGGAGCUGCCAUCCGUUCGACGGGACGUCGUUUCUCUGCUUCCAGCUUUUCUUUGUCUUUGUUUUUUUUUAAAAAGAUAUAAAACUCUUAAGGAUUCAGAAAAAUAAUCAGUAGUUGCAGCUCUGGUCGUCUUUCUUUGUUGGCUAAAAUUAUAUUAACUAAGCUUUACGUCUGUUGUGUUUCCCAAGCUGUAGGUCGAGGUCCCAGGAAGGGUCGCAAGUUACAAAAAGUGAACCGAGGUUAACCAAUCAUUGCUUCCUUUCUUCUGAAUAAUUAAUUAUUAUAGAGUUUUAUAGAUUUAAGAGGCGUUCGAAUGACGGGGUCACGUGCUGAACAGGUUGGGAAACACUGCUCUGCAACAAAUUAUGAUAAUUGACCCAUCAUAAGUCCCGCCUCUUUCUGCUCUGUGCUCCAAUCACAGUCCAGAACGCCUCGUCCCGAACUGUGAUUGGAUAAUAGAGCGAAAAUGGGACGGGGCUUGU